AUGAACGUUACACUGCCUAUGCGGACUUCAGAUGGGACGGGGAACUCGUCCUCUAGCCCUCCAAAGUCAAAUGGACUUCCUCGCCUAUCACCCUCCCCAUCAUUUGUCCAGAAACACUCCCCCAGAAGCUCCGAUGCAUCAAAUAUCCGCCGCCUUGACCAGCAGACUGCUGGGCCGGUUUCAAAGCCACGCCGAUGUAAAUCGCAAUACCCCCGUGAUUCACCCGAGCGCCACGUGGAAUUCAUCCUCGUUGCGUCCUUCCACAUUGAUCGGGGUCCAAUUAUGGAACACCAGUAUCCGGGACCCAUUAGCAGCGAUGAAGGCAUGUUGGCAGAGCUGAUGCUGCCGGAUCAGACACACGUUCGGAGCCAGGAUUGGACUAUAUUCUUCUUGCACAAAGACACAAGCACAGAGGCGGAUGAAGAGGACCCAGCGUCGGGAAAGAAAAAGAAGAGGAAAGGGAAGAAGACACAGACAUCCUCGGGCGACAACGAAGAAGACAGUCCUGAUUUGGACGAUGAUUCUGGGGAGGACACGGAGGAAGACGAAAGCAGUGAUGAAGAAGACGGCGGCGAAGGGCCCCCUUUGAUGUAUGUGCUCAACCUGGUCAACACGAAACAGGACAACACUGUCAAGCGAGGUGCCGUAGUCAAGGCGAUGGCCAUUUGUACACGGCAUUCUUUCCUUCACAUAUAUAAACCUAUUUUACUUUUAGCCCUGGAGGACUACUUUAAAUCACCAUACCCGGAAACCCUUGAAACGCUUUACAAUGCCGUGAACGCCAUGGACUUGUCUCCGAUGCCAAAGUUGAACCUGCUCGAACGCCAGAUAUUGCAAGCCAGCAAUUGCAAGGAUAUGUUCAUCGAAAAGUUUGAACAGAUGAUUCAUCAGCGAGCAAUUGAGGAUGGGGAACUACACGAAAUCGACGAAGACAACCCACCGUCACCAAAAAGGGGCCCUGCACCGCGCUACAUAGUCCCUCGAGAUACCCAUGAAUUUGAGUCUAAAAUCAUUUAUCACGACAUUCCUAUUCCAGUGAAAGUGCCGACGGUUAUCUGGCCUGAGAUUGUAGGCGAUUUUUCGCUUGUCAAGCUCAUCCAAGUCUUUUCCGCACCUCAUGCCGCAUCACCACAGUCUUUCGCUCUCCAUCCUCAUUUAACCACAAGUGGUGCCUACACCCAUCCGAUCAUCAUUCUCGUUAACGCAAUGUUGACACAGAAACGGGUUGUCUUUCUUGGCCACAACCGACCAUCUGGGGAGGUUGCAGAAGCAGUACUAGCUGCAUGUGCGUUGGUAUCUGGUGGGAUUUUACGUGGUUUCACCCGUCAUGCGUUUCCCUACACGGAUUUGACGAAAAUCGACGACCUCCUGCGGGUGCCGGGAUUCAUUGCAGGGGUCACAAAUCCAGCGUUCGCCAAUCAUCCAGAAUGGUGGGAUGUACUCUGCGACCUGCCUACAGGCCGGAUUAAAAUCAGUAAUCACAUUGAACCGGCACCAGUUACCGACGGCUUACUGUAUUUCCAGCAGCAGGGCCCGGUGAACAUGGGAGGCCCAAAUGCCGAUCCCAGCGGAGAUAAUCUGUUCAUGGAAGAUGUCCUGCGCAGUAUCGCAAACCGAUACGGCGAGAACGCGAUCAGGGCCAAAUGGCGCGCCUACAUCACGAAAUUCACACGGGUUUCAGCCGCAUUCGAGGAGAUAGUUUACGGAGCGUCAAACUUGUACAUUAUCGGACCCAACGAGGAGCUUUCUCCUGAGAGCCCCAGCGGCCUGCAAUCAGAUCCAGGCGAUCCAACAACGCUGCGCGGCCACGGUUAUGUCUGGGCAGACGAAGCCUCCAAACAACGCGAACUGAUGGCGUCUGUCUCUCGUAUCGAAGGCUGGCGAACUACUAGAUCCUAUUACUCUUUCAUUCAAGACAUUGCAGCAAUGUACUAUCCCGCUCGCCCCAUCCAGAAACCCGACCUCUACCAUCACCAUGACCGCCUCCGGAUGCUGAAACUGCCCUCCUUCGACGCCGGCAACAUCUAUCUCGCUCUUGCGCAUUCGAUCAAAGACUACGCCGGCAUCUGCCAGCUUCUAACGGUCACCCCCGAGAGCCAGGCAGGCCUGUUCUAUAUCUCCAUGGGUCUUCUCCACCCAGACCAGAACGUCCGCGAGGCAACAGCGGACCUUCUUGAGCGCAUCGCUCUCCACCCCGCAGGGCGACACUUCUGGGCACAGCUCAACCGGUUCGCAAAAUCCGCUUACUUUCGCAUUAAGCGCGAGAGAGAGGCAGCCGCGAACGCGAGCGUGUCGCCAGUACUAAACAAAUCGCCAAGCGACAGCUUUGGUCCACCGCAGAGCUUGGUUGGGGUUGCAAUGGGUGCUGGUGUGCCUUCUCAUGGAAGUCAAUAA